GUUGAAGAUAAUGAUUCAGAUGAAGAAAUCGAAGAACAAGGAAAUUUAGUUCGAAAGCGCCAAAUCAACCGAAAAUAUAAAGCGUCAAAAAAAGCAAAAAAAAAUGUUGUUGAAGAUUUGUCAGAGGGAAGUUCUUCACCUAGUAUUGAAGUUUACUCGAAAAUCACUAAUACAACAGAAACAGCUAAAAGUAGGUAUAACAGUUCUAAUAAAAUUAAUGAAUCAACAUUAAUUAUUGAUAAAUUAUCAAAAAUAACUUUGGAAAAUAGCCAACAGACUAAUAAUUCAAUUGACGAG